AGCCAUCCGAAGCAGAUGGCAUAGAUUUUAUGCCAUAACAAACACGAAUUUUCUAUCAUCGCGACGUUAUUACCUAUAAACAACAGUGCUGGAAUCGAAUACUAUUUAAAAAGUAUUAUAUAACCAAAUCAAAUGAAUAUUGUUGAGGAAAAAUGAUUUUGUUUAAAUAGACGAUACUGUUACGGAGCGACACUAGAAAGAGUUUCGACAGGUUAUCAAACGUUCAUUUUUGUGAUAGGUAGUGAAUAAUUUUAAUAUGUAUUUAACCGGCUAAUUUAUUGCGCGUGCUUUAAACAUGAUAGUCGCCGGUUUGAUGUUGUUCGACUAAUUAAUGCUGUACCUCCAGGAUUGUUGAUAUAUAAUGUUUUCCCAGCGUAUGAAUCAAGUGCCAUGGUUCUGCGUAAUCAUCAUCGCUUCACAGUUAAUCGAGCAACGUCGCUGCAUCCAGAACGGUUACGGAUUUACGUACAGUACAUUCACUGGUCCGGUAUCUGGGCAAGUCGAAGAAAUAGUAGUUCCAGUCUAUGGAGAUGAUGCUAAUAAGGAUGCAGAAUCAUUGCCACCGUCUAGAGUCGAUUAUGUGGCAAAACCAGAUUACACUUUUUCUUACGGAGUCGAAGAUCCCAAUACUGGAAAUAGUCAAGCUCACUACGAAACUCGAGACGGCGACGUGGUACAUGGUCAAUACAGUUUGGUCGAACCGGACGGAUCUUUGAGAAAAGUCACCUACACGGCUGAUCCUGUCAAUGGGUUCCAGGCUAAAGUAGAAUUCAUUCCACCGAUCGGAGCACAGACUGGAUCUGAGGAAUACUCAAAUCCUUUCGAAUCCAUCAACGAGACUCCCAAUUACGACGAUAGUCCAGCACCAAAUAGUCAAUUUAGUUCGGAAAACUACAACGAUUACCCAUCUAUUCCUCAAACUCAAAAUUACCAGAAUAACGAACAACCCGAUUACGAGAAUCCGAAUCCGGAAUCUUACCCUAUACCAUCGGGUCGUGAAGUUGAAGAAAUGACUAACUCGGUUCGAUCGCAAGACUCUUCGGAUAAUUCCGAAAAUAACGAAGCUCCAGCUCCUCUCCUCAAUUACUUCGAUCAUCCGGCCAAUUUUGCGGAUAAAAUUAACGAAGAAUUAUUCGAUCAUUUACCCCCACUACCACCGCUACCCGAACUAGACGAGAUAAAUAAUUACGCGAAUGGUGAAUUUGAAGAGAAAAAAUGAUAAGAAUUUUUUAAGUUUUCAUUCUUUCAUUGUUGUAUGCUUCGAUGUGAACUCAAAUAUCCCCAAGGAAGCAAUUUUUCUAUUAGGUAUGCCAUUUUUAUUGCUUGUCAAGUUCAAUUUUUAAAGUCAUUGUUGUACAUGUGUAUAUUUGUAUAAAAAAAACUUUCUUUGUACAUCUUUUAAUUUCUGUUUAAAUAAGAUAGGUACCUAUCUAUAGAAAUUUUGCCAUUUUUAUUCUACUUACUUAAAUCGUAACUUUUUUUUUUUU